AUGGAGCCCCUGCCUCACAAUGAGCCGAGGAGCCUGGCCCCCUUGGGCUUGUCGGAGGAGGAAAGCGCCGAGGCGGAGCCGGAUGCCCAAGAGGCCCCGGACACGGAGCACCCAGAGGAGCUCCUUGAGAACGACCUGUACCUCCUGGCCCGCGGAGCACCAAAGGCGCCGGAAGCCGUGGACAGUAUUUGGGCCGUCGACAUCCCAAAGCCUGUUCGUCCCAAAGCGAAGGGUCGCCCUGCACCUCGCCCGUCGCCGCGAAUCGCUGCGCAAAGGAGGGCUGCAGAGGACAAUGCUCGGCCCCUCGCGCUGCUGCCGCCGCCCGGCGAGGGCGCUGCGGCCGCAGCGGGCGCUGAAGGCGCUGAGGGCGCUGAGGGCGCUGAGGGUGCCCAGGGCGCCCAGGGUGCCGAGGGCGCCGAGGGCGAGGAGGGGCUUCACCUUCCCGCCGAGGAGCCCAAGGAGGAUCCCGCGGAAGAGUUGGAGCGCCUGCGGAAGCGAAGAAAGUUUGAGUGCAAACCGGUUGAGGCACGCAAGGAAGGUGAGGACGAUGCGGACUGGAUCCACUUUCCCUCCCUGGCAUCUGCCAGUCGAGAAACAGGUGUUCCCAACAGCGCCAUCAGCAGCCUUUGCACCUCGCAAGGCUCACACUCGGGCUGGCUGUUUCGUUGGCCGGGUGCCGCCGCACUCCCGAAGCCUGCGGUGAUGCAGCCGGAGCUGCCGCAAGUGGAGCUCGAGGGCAUCCUCAAGCGUCUGCGGGCCAUGCCUGCGGAGGAGCGGCGCUCUUCACUGGCGGCGAUGCCCGAGGCCACACGCCGGGAGUUGAUGAAGCACUUGAAGCAGGAGGCGAACUCCUCGCGGCUACGGCGGCUCCUUGGCAACGUCCCGCAGCUCCUGGAAACGGCGGACGAGCCCAAGCGCCAGGAGCUCCUUCAGUCGGUGAGAUCCUUCGAAGCCAUCCACACCCAGGUCCUGAUGGCCCCCGACAUGGCUUCGGUGGUCCACAUCCUUCGGGAUCUCACCCCGGAGCAGCGCCACGCCAUCGUGGAGGCGCUCCCGGAAGAGACUCAGGAGGCCCUGGAGAGGCAUCUCCGGGCCGCUAAGGCGGCCCAGGCGGUGCAGGCGGUGGUCCUUUGCGCUUGUGCCGACACUUUGCCGGCUGCGGUGAACAUCGGUGAGCUGUGGGCGGCCUCAGCACGCUUUCUCGUGGCCCAUGUCAAGUCGUCGGAGGUCCUUCCCGUCGCGAUGUUUCCAGCCAAGGUGGAGGAGUGCCUGAACCUGACGCCGAAGGUACAGGAGUGGAGGUUUGCGGAUGCCGAUCAGUUCGACUCACCCCCCCUGCGGGUGGUUCCAGAUGUCCGGCUGCAGCGAACUCUCAGGAAGGGCUUGGCACAGCUGCAGCGGCCGCGGCUCGCCUUGGCGCUUUGCGGGUCAGGCUCAGAAGCCCUGGUGGCUGUCAAGGACGGCUGCUGCUUACGCCACCUCACCUUCGGGCUCUCCACGCCGGAGCUCCAGGCGGAGCAUGGCCACUCAGAGUACCUGGAUCUGGGCAGUACCCUCAUUGCUUCAAGCCGCCGAAGCCGCGUGAACUUCGACAGUCCAGUCGUGGAGAUGCGCACGCGAUGGGGCCCAGACAACAUCGACGGCGUUUGGGUUCGUUGUGCCGAGGGGCUGCACCUCCUGUCGCCCUCUGAAGCAGACGCGGAGGGCUCCGACUAUGCCGUGCGGGGGAGCUACGAGAGUGGCUACGACGUGCGACAGGUCUGUAUGCAGCCCUUCUCCCAUGAGCAGGUGGCAACCGUCUCCCUUUCCGGCGUCCGUGUCCUGGCAGUGGACCGGGGGACACAGGUCAGCAUGCUGGAUCUUUACGGCGACGCACCUCCCGACUUCGCGUCGCGCCUCGUCGCCACGGGUCCCGGCACCUGCGGGGCCUGGCUCAGCCGAGCGUCGCUGCUGUUGGGAAGCGGAACCUCGCUCCAAAUCCUGGAUGUGUCUUCUGGCGAGAAGCAGAUGAUGUGGAAGUCGCCGGCCUGUGCAAGCGAGUUCAUGGCCUUCGCUGACCUGGCCACGAACCCCUUCCAUCCCCACCAGUUCGCAGCCACGCAGUGCGGCCCCUGCCACGGGCUGCUGAUGUUCGACAUCAGGAAUACUACCCGGCCCUUUGGGCAGCUGAUGUUGCCUGAUGUUGCUGCGCUGGCCCUGGACCGCAGCCCGCUGAAGAACCGCUAUUUCCAGCUACAGUUUUCGAGCACUGGCAGCGAGCGGUGGCUGACGGCUGCGUGUCUUGGUGGCCGUAGCCUCGUGGGCCUCAGCUGGGAAGAGGGCGACGACAUCACUCAGAGCAUGUAUUCCGCCCACUGCCCGCUGGAGGCACCUGGAAUCUGUACAGGAUCGCUGGUGGCGGCUGUGUCUGCUGGCGACAGACAGGGAGCCGCCCUUGUGGGAUUCAUGGACGACGGCCUGGCCUUCCGAGGCUGCUGGCUUCAGGCUCCAGGGGCUGAGCAGAGGCUGGCGGAGGAGUCCAGAACUCCAAGAAGGGCGGCCUCGUCCGGGCGCAGGCAGGUGGUCGUGGAGGCCAAGUCCUUUGACAGGGUGCAGUUGGAGAGCUGCCUGCAGUGGAUUGAGUCUGAGAGCACAGCCCUGUGCGCCGUGCUCGACCGGUGUGGGCUGGUCUGCUUCCAGCCUCCGCCGGAAGCAGAGUCCGAUGGCCUAGACGCACUCUGGCGCCGGAACCACGCCGUGCAAGAGGGCGAUUACGACACGGAUUUGCACCUCAACGAGGAGGUGCCGUUUGGUCCAGUCGAAGAGCCAGAGGACGAAGCGAUAGCCGAUGCACUGGCGGCGGGUCUGCCGGCGCUGGUGGCCCACUUGCCCGUCACGCGGCGAGCUCGUCAGGUCCUUGCGUACCUGAAUGCGGCGUCGCUGCCGCAGGGCUGGAGCUUCUGCGAGCCGCGCUUCGUGGAGGUCCAGGUGGUGUCCGAACUGGUGGCCUUGGCACAGGCUCACAGUACCAGGAGGCUUGAGCAACCCGAUGAGUGCACCCGAAUGAGCGUCCAGGUCAUUUUGAGGGCGCUUGCCCGGGCUGGUGUCCUCCAGUGUGCCACACCUUGGGACGUCGAGGAGACCGAGGAGUACAGCCCGGAGGCCUAUGCCCCGCAGGUAGAGCCUCCCUUGGCACCCGCCGCCGCCGCUUUGCAUCCACAGGCCCGAUCCCUCGCAGCUCGCCUAGGAAAGCGCGAGCAGACGCCACUGUCGUCUGGAGAGCUGGGCGAGGCCAUGCAGGCGAUGCUCCUGAAGCUCCUGAGUCUGAAUGGCACGCACGGCAGCUGGUCCCAGCCGAUUCUCCUUCCCAGGCCGUCAGCGCCGUCCAGGAGUGCGGAGAGCUCGACGCUGGUGGUGCCAGAGGACACCGACGAGAGCAGAAAAGCCGUGCAGCGGGCAAGGAGCAGCCAGGAGGUGGGCCAAGCCGUUUGGCCGCGUCUCGUGGAAUGCCUAACAAUGCAGGACAUGGGCCAGCUGGCCGUGUGGUUCCGGCGCGAGAAGCGGCUGCGCUUCAAGAGUUCUGGUGAUGAGAGGAUCAUGCACGUCAAGGACCCUUCCAAGAAGGACAAGGUGGAGUUGUUCCGGCGUGUGCUUGCCGCUGCCAAUCGCAACUUGCGAAGUGACAGCCCAGGCCUCCCCAUCAUCCAGAGUGCACCCGGGGAGCCUCGGCGAGGGGCCUGGCGGGAGCCCGGCGCGUCGGCGGAUUUCUUUCGGGAGGCGUGGCCUCAAAUGCAGGAGGCGCUGGAUGCCAUCGUCGCUUCAAGCGACAAGCCACUCGAGGUCCUGGCGGAAUUGGCGUCCGCCCCUGAUCCGGAUGAGGAGGACCUCGUGCAUGUGGCCAGGGACAGCUUUGCCCGGCAGGGCUUCCGGUAUAGCCAGACGCUUCAGGAGCAGGAGCCGAGUACUGGCUGA